CCUUGCAUUCCAUCCCUGCUCUCCCCUCUUCUGAGUACUUCACUCUGGGCUCCUGUCUGUGAAGUUUUUCGCUCGCGCAUCUUUUUCUCGCAUUUUUCACCAUCUCUUCCUCUUUCUUUGGAAGCUAAUGAGAGACAUUGGCUCCGAUUAAGCAACUGUUCAAGACCCGGGGUGCGCGAGGGGGAUCGACAUAGUGGUGAAGGGGCCCAGGAGGGCCAGGGUGAUGGAGAGUACCCCUGCAAGGGGCGGACUGAACCGAGUGCACCUACAAUGCAGGAAUCUACAGGAAUUCUUAGGGGGCUUGAGCCCUGGAAUAUUGGACCGAUUGUAUGGUCACCCUGCCACUUGCCUGGCUGUCUUUAGGGAGCUCCCAUCUUUAGCUAAAAACUGGGUGAUGCGGAUGCUGUUUUUGGAGCAGCCUUUGCCACAGGCUGCUGUAGCCCUGUGGGUAAAGAAGGAAUUCAGCAAGGCUCAGGAGGAAAGUACAGGGCUGCUGAGUGGCCUCCGCAUCUGGCACACCCAGCUGCUCCCUGGUGGUCUUCAGGGCUUUAUCCUCAACCCCAUCUUUCGCCAGAACCUCCGCAUUGCCCUUCUGGGUGGGGGGAAGGCCUGGUCUGAUGACACAAGUCAACUGGGACCAGACAAGCAUGCCCGGGAUGUUCCCUCACUGGACAAGUAUGCUGAAGAGCGAUGGGAGGUGGUCUUACACUUUAUGGUAGGCUCUCCCAGUGCAGCUGUCAGCCAGGAUUUGGCUCAGCUCCUCAGCCAGGCUGGGCUCAUGAAGAGUACUGAACCUGGAGAGCCACCCUGCAUUACCUCUGCUGGCUUCCAGUUCCUCUUGCUGGACACACCUGCCCAACUGUGGUACUUCAUGUUGCAGUAUCUGCAGACAGCCCAGAGCCGGGGUAUGGAUCUAGUGGAGAUUCUCUCUUUCCUCUUCCAGCUCAGCUUUUCUACUCUGGGCAAGGAUUACUCUGUGGAGGGUAUGAGUGAUUCUCUGUUGAAUUUCCUGCAACAUCUUCGAGAGUUUGGGCUUGUUUUCCAGAGGAAGAGGAAAUCUCGACGUUACUAUCCCACACGCCUGGCCAUCAAUCUCUCAUCAGGUGUCUCUGGGGCUGGGGGCACUGUGCAUCAGCCAGGCUUCAUUGUUGUGGAAACCAACUAUCGACUGUAUGCCUACACGGAGUCGGAGCUGCAGAUUGCCCUCAUUGCCCUCUUCUCUGAGAUGCUCUAUCGCUUCCCCAACAUGGUAGUGGCACAGGUGACCCGGGAGAGUGUGCAGCAGGCCAUUGCCAGUGGCAUCACAGCCCAGCAGAUAAUCCAUUUCCUAAGGACAAGGGCCCACCCAGUGAUGCUCAAACAGACCCCUGUGUUGCCCCCUACCAUCACUGACCAAAUUCGUCUGUGGGAGCUAGAAAGAGACAGACUACGGUUCACCGAGGGUGUCCUGUAUAACCAGUUCCUGUCCCAAGUGGACUUUGAGCUGCUGCUGGCCCACGCACGGGAGCUGGGUGUGCUCGUGUUCGAGAACUCGGCUAAGCGACUCAUGGUGGUGACCCCCGCAGGGCACAGUGACGUGAAGCGCUUCUGGAAGCGGCAGAAGCACAACUCCUGAAAGAGCUUAAUCCCCACUGGACCUGGGCGGGUGGGACCGGGCAGGGCGGGCAUGCGGGCCGUGUGACGGCGGGCGCGGCCUCACAACUCAGGUGUUUUUUAUUUACACGCCAGGACUUCUCUUGUUUAAUAA